UUUUUUCCUGUUCGACUCAGUGAAAACUUUUGGUAGUCAAAAUUUAGAAACUUUAAAGUGACACUCCACUAAUGUUUUGACUCGUAUCUCAUACUAUAUAGUAUAUAUUCUAACUAGACCAAUAACCAACGACUCUCGUCUUCUUCUUUUUCUGCCCUCUUUCUCUCUCACCUAACCUCGCAAAGAAAUUAUAACCAUCUUACUUUCUUUUUUUUCUCUGAAGAAAUCUCUUUUGAUUAUUAGGUUUAAAGAUGGCAUCAAAAAAAGCAAGAAAACCAAACCGACCUGAAACAAAACUCACAAGGAGCUAUUACAAGAAACAAGUUCCACAACACAACAACACCAACACAAGUACAACUCUAGAUCAAACAUCUACAUCAAGUAUUGUCUCUACAUGUUCUUCUUCAACGACUUUGUCUUCUCCUCAAGACACAAUCUACUCUGUUCCCUCUCCCUCCCCAGCGGUGCUGACGUCGUCACCAGGCGGUGGCGGCGGCGGCGGUUGUUGUACUCCAAAAGCUAAGAAGUCUAGGAUACCGGAGAUGCUGACGUGUCCACCGGCGCCGAAGAAGCAAAGGGUCACAAAGAACUGUGUGUUACGACGGAGACAGAUCGUUUUCUUUGCUCCUCCGGAGAUAGAGCUCUUCUUCGUCAACGCACACGAUCGAUGAACGUACUUUUAGUUUAUUAUUAGCUUCUUUUUUAGAUAUAGCUAGAAUCGAUACAAAGAGUAGUAUUAGCAGGUGAUCAAAAUUCAUCUCUUUGAUUUGUUAAUACAAUAACGAAGAGUAAAUUAUUAUGUUUCGUGUGAUGUUUUUAUUAUUAUUUUGGUUUGUUUUCUUUUCAUUAUUUUGGCGCUUGUUUUUUUGGGAUGAUUUGAAUUAAGUCGGUUUGAGUUUUGUGGUAGGGUAUAUCAAAAAUCAACUAUGAUUUAAACUAUAAUUGAUAACCCACCCUUUUAUUAUUUUAUA